AUGGUUGUGUUCACACCCUGUGUGGUCAUUUAUGAGGGAGCGAAGGAGCUGGCAGGCAGGGAAGGAGCCUUGCAUGAUGGCGUCCGCUGUUUGGACCCAGCUUGCCAGCUCUUGGAAGCUCAUCCCCAUGAAAGAGCCACCUUUGCAGCAGUUAAUGAGGAUGAGCACACUGGAUACCGGCACUGGUACUCAGACAAGCUGUCCCAGAGGACGAUCCCCAGGUUUAUGAAGCCGGCACACCGGGACUGCUGGUUCACCGGGAGACACGUCCUGCCCGCCCAGAGCCUUGCUCGGGGGAAUCCCGCCCACCUAGUCCUUCCUGCUGGGGAAUCCCCGCCCCCUGUCCCUGUCACUCCAGGAAGGGAGUUCCCGCCCCUCGAAUUAACCAGGGGGUGGGAAUCCCCACCCAUCCUGAAGGCUCCGAGGAUCCCCAGCGCUGCCUGCGAGGAGCAGACUCCCAGUGCCGGAGAGGUGCUCCACGGGCUCGUAAGAGAGACACCUGACCCGGAUGUGCUGGAAGGAGUCAUCGUUCUGCUUUCCCCUCUCUUCCUAAGCUUGAUUUCAGCUCUCCAACCUGGCUCCGCUCUGUGUCUCUUUCACGGCAUUGCGAUGCCCUUUCCUGUGUCUGCCCUUAUCCCUCGCUUCACCUCGCCCUUCCUCUGGCUACACAGUGUUCCACUGGGUGAAGACAGAAGCAUUUGACCCAAGAGCCUUUACUGGACGCACAAAUUCAGUUUGCAGGUACAUAUUCUGUUUUUCUAUUUAGUCAAAGCAAGAUUUUUAUUUAUCAGGGUUUGAGAGCCCAUGGAAGGUACUUCAGCUAAUCAAAUGUAAGGCUUGAAUGGCAUAAACAUCAGCAUUUAGAGAGCAGA